UUAACCUACACAAGCUAGCAGUAGCGGCAUUUAAAUUAGCAUCGACACAACUUGAAGAAUAAGGGGGAAAAAGGACGCACAGAACAAAGCCAAAUAAACGGGCUCCUGACUGGAGGGCAGACCAUGCUGCUGCACUGAGCCGAAGGGGGAGCGAAAAGAAGUGACCAAAAGGAUAGAGCAAGGGGCCCCAGAAGAACACAGAUUUGGUGGCUGGUCUGACUGUGUCCCCCUCCCCUGACUACUCGUUGGCCUUUCAGUUCUCCCUGGUUGCUUCCUGAGGCCACGGCGAAGUCUUGCUAUGGACUGUCCUGCCCCCCCUGCUGCAGCUCAGCCCCGUGCGCUGCUUUAGUGGGAUCUUUAUUCCCCAGCUUGUGCUUCCCAUCCAGAUCCUACUGUACAGUGAGAGCACAGAUCUGAAACAAGCCACAGCAUCUGUGGGGUCCUUCAGCCCCCCUCCCCCCAUUCCACCCUCUCCCCUCCCCUAAGAAGAUGUCAGUGAGCCUUGCAGCGGACAUCCAGCAGGAGGGGGAGAGUGGGCCACUCAAUGACACCUGCAGCCGAGGUAAGGCCUCCUCUCAACCUCAAGGCACCAAGGGGGGAACUGGGGAAGGCCUGGAGCCUGAGGACAGCUCCCUGCAGGAUGCACAGAGACGAGCUCCCAACCAUGGUCAUGGCAGGAAAAGGGCCAAGUCCAAUGCCAAGCUGAAAUUGGUACGGAGUCUCGCAGUGUGUGAGGAGUCAUCUGGUCCAUUUUCCAGUGAUGGACCCCCUGAAUCGGAUAUUAUCCAACUUCACAUCAGCUGUCCAUCCGACAAGGAAGAGGACAAGUCCUCUAAGGAUGAGUACGAGAAUGAAGAGAAGAAGGAGAAGACUCCACGCAAGAUGUUGUCACGUGACUCUAGUCAAGAAUACACAGACUCAACGGGCAUCGAUGUUCAUGAGUUUCUGGUCAAUACACUGAAAAACAAUCCCAGGGAUCGAAUGAUGCUGCUCAAACUAGAACAAGAUAUCCUGGAGUUCAUUAAUGAUGACAAUAACCAGUACAAGAAGUUCCCUCAGAUGACCUCCUAUCACCGCAUGCUGCUGCACCGUGUGGCUGCCUAUUUUGGCAUGGACCAUAAUGUGGACCAGACAGGCAAGGCUGUCAUCAUCAACAAGACUGGCAACACACGCAUCCCAGAGCAAAGGUUCUCUGAGCACAUCAAGGAUGAGCGCAACAUGGACUUCCAGAAGAAGUUUAUACUCAAAAGGGACGAUGCCAGUAUGGAUAAGGACGAUAAUCAGAUUCGUGUGCCGCUGCAGGACGGGCGGCGCAGCAAGUCCAUUGAGGAGCGAGAGGAGGAGUACCAGCGGGUACGAGACCGGAUCUUUGCCCGAGAAGUGUCUUUCUUUUUACAGUCUUCUCAAAAUGGAUACAUCAACGACAACAGACUUUCCACUGAGGGCUACUCCUCUAUCUCUCAAAAGAGGAGGCAGAUCUUUAGGGGGAACAGGGAAAGCUCCAGCCGGGCCUCUAGCAGCCGUCAGAGCAGCACCGACAGCGAUAUGAAGUGCCUGGAGCCACGACCCUGGAGCAGCACUGACUCGGACAGCUCCAACCGCACCCUGCGGCCACCCGUCACCAAGGCCAGCAGUUUCUCCGGCAUCUCCAUUCUCACCCGAGGUGACAGCCUGGGCAGCAGCAAAGGCUCCCAAGGCAGCUGCAGGGGCUCCCGCACUGGCCUACCUCUUGUGAGUCCGGACAUGUGUCCCCCAGUACCGCCCCCCCAGUCCAGUCGUAGCCUGCUUCCCUGCCCCUCUCAGCAACCUCAGCCACAGCAGCCCCAGCCUCCUCCUCAGACUGCCCUGCUGCCUACUCCACAGCAACACCCCAUGGGCAACCACAUGAUGGCCCAGGGAGAAGAACUGGCGCCUCAGUUCAGCCAGAUGACCCUGAGUCGGCAGGGCUCCAGUGAGAACCCUGAGCCUACCCCAAUGUUCCAGCCCCCACCCACAGUGCUGUCCCAGCACCCUCCACCUCAGACAAGUUACAUCAUGGCCACCACAGGGCAGCCCAUGGCUGCUCCAUCUGGUUACCAGGCAACCACUGGACACCCACAUCCUCCACCUCCACAGCCUCCUCCCCCAUCCCAACCUAUCAUGCAGGCUCCACCACCCCCACAGGGUUACAUGCAGCCCCCUCCACCUCAGCAGAUCCAAGUGUCUUACUAUCCCCCUGGUCAGUAUCCAAGCUCAGGUCAACAGUACCGUGUGCCCCAGCCCAUCUCCCACCAGGUGUCCUACCCUGCCCAGCGUACGCAACCUAUGCCUCAACCAACACAGCAGUCUGGUCUUCAGACCAUAAUACCUAGCCAGCAGCCAAGCUACCAGGGAAUGAUGGGAGUACAGCAGCCCCAGAACCCCAACCUUCUUAGUUCCCAGAGGGCAGGCAUGGGGGGCCAGAUGCAAAGUAUGAUGGUGCAGUACCCACAGAUGCCCUCGUAUCAGGUGCCUGUGGGAAAUGAGUCCCAACAGGUAGUGCAGCAGCAGUAUCAGCAGCAAGUGAUGGUGCCAGUCAGCCAGUCUGUCCAGGGCCCCAUGCCUGUCUACUACAGCGUCAUCACCCCCACUCAGCAGAACAGCACAAGUCCAUCAGUAAGUUAUCUGCAGCCUCCCAGCUCUGAGCAGUACCAGAUCACCCAGUCCCCAUCCCCAUGCAACCCUCAGCAGAUGCAGCAGCAAUAUUCAGGAGUGCCGCCCCCUGGACCUGGUGUGAUGGUUAUGCAGCUCAGUGUCCCUAACGGACCACAGCCUUCCCAGAAUCCUCCUCUGGUCCAGUGGAACCCCUGCAAGUACUACAGCAUAGAACAAAGGCCCAGUAAACCAGGGGAUCUCUACAAGCCUGAAAACGCUUCACAGGUUUCCACCCAGUUGAGUAGUCCCCUGGCCUCUCCCACCCAGUCCCCCACCCCUUCACCCUCAGGCAGUGUCAGCAGUGUCUGUCCAGGUCUCGGACCCCUGCCCCUCAUCUCCCAGUUCCCCCGACCCGGAGGACCCGCGCAAGGUGAUGGACGCUAUUCGCUGCUUGGCCAGCCUCUGCAGUACAGCCUGUGUCCUCCCCUCAUGCAUGGCCAGACCUCCUACAGCUCCCAUCAGGGCCAAGGAAUGAUGAAGCAUGGAGCAAGAGGGAAAAAACAAACCCUCAAAUCUGCAUCCACAGAUCUCGGCACUACUGACGUCGUAGUGAGUCGGAUACUGGAGGUAACGGACUUACCAGAGGGGAUCUCCCGCCCUGAGGCAGAGAAACUCUUCAACCAGCUGGCGCUGUGCGGUGCCAAGAUCCAGUGGCUGAAAGACCCCCAGGGAAGCAGAGGAGGGGCAGGAGUCUGCGGACCCUGCCCCUGCCCCAGUGCAGGGUCCGCUGGGACCAGCUUGGGGUUGGGGGGCAUGAAUGGUGAUGGCCAUGACCCAGCCCACCUUUACACAGUGGUGGCUGUGUUUCCCAGCACCAUGGCUGCACAGAGUGCUUCCUUCAAACUUAACAACAGCGGGGUCAGCCUCUUCAAACUGAGGGCCACUAAAAAGAACUAUGAUCUGCGUGUGCUGGAGAGGGCCAGUUCCCAGUGA